GCAGAUGUGAGGUGGUUCAGAUCUGAAGCCCAUGUGCAGACUGCCUUAGUCUUCAGACGUUGAGAUCUGAAGCGGGCGCCAGAUCUGAGCACCACCGUCUCCGCCCUCUCGGUCUGCUGUGGGAACUCCUCGCCGGCGUGUUCGCCGCCUAGGUCCUCGCACAUCUCCUCGACUGCGUGGUCUGGUGCCACAUCGGCCCAUGGACGUGUUGGUCAGCAACCUGAAAUGGGAGGUGGGAAAGGCGCGAGCCCACCUUGCCGAUGGCUCGCUGGAGGCUUGGGCGGCCGGCAACAACCUGGGUCCCAACAUUAUGGCCCUCAGCGAGCAACUGCUGCGCGCCAAGCGCGCGCUCGAAGCCGCGAGUGGCAACCAACGCAGUCCUCAGCUCAAUAGGCUGCUGGAGAUGCUGCGGGAACCGGCGCAAAAUGCCGACUACUUGCUGGAAGAGCUGGAUUACUUCCGCAUUCAUGACGAGCUCCAUGCCAAGGGCCGUGCCCUUGAUGCUCCUCACACCUUCAACUCCAAGGCUGUUGGCAAACUUGGAGAGGUACAAGGUGCAAGGCAACAUGUGAGCUGCUGCGCGUGGCCGCGUGCUCAGAGAAUCCGUCCUAAUUCAUCGACUACUGCGGCCAACCGGGAUGGUGAGGAGGUCAGUGGAUGCCUGUGCAAACUCCGUAAACUCCUCGUUUGCUGUUCCCUCCCACAUGUUCAUGAUGAUGAUGAUGAAGCACCAACGCUUGGGUUUAAUAUGGUUGAUGUCUCUGAAAGACUCACGCACGUCUUGCAGGAACUACUGCUACAUGCUAGUCUAGCUGGGAAUGCUAGCUAUUGUAUUAUGCAAGAUACUACAGAUAAUCGUGUAAUCAACAGCAGUCAAUCUAUAGAGCCAGCAUUUUGUGGGAGGGACCAUAUCAUGAAUACCAUCAUACAUGAUAUGACCAAUGGUAAAUACCGUGGAAAAGGUUUAUCCGUGCUUCCGACUGUUGGUCCAGGGGGAAUAGGGAAGACAAGUUUGGUGCAUCAAAUAUAUCACAGCCAACAAGUGCAAAAUCAUUUUCAAGUUACAGUUUGGAUACACGUAUCCACCCGUUUGAAUCUGAAGCUGCUAGAAGAGAUUAAAGAAUCCAUCCCUGCAGUUAAAGGGGAAAAAGAGGACACACCAGGAGAGCUGAUCGAACAAAGAUUAAAAUAUAAAAGGUUUUUGCUUGUGUUGGAUGAUAUAUGGCUGGUUAGUGAUGAUGCGUGGAAAAGGUUAUUGUCAGCACUCGAUCAAUCAGAAGAAAAGGGCAGCAUGGUUUUGGUAACAACUCGGUUUCCAUCAAUAGCACGGAUGGUUGGAACGGCUGACCAUUCAAUAAUCUUGAAAGGUUUACAAACUGAAGAGUUUAGGAAGUUAUUCUUUGCAUUUGUCUUUGGCGAUGAGUUAUGUGAGAGGGAUCAUAGUUUUUUGCUUGAGACUGGAUGUAUGAUAAUGGACAAACUAAAGGGAUACCCCCUUACUGCAAGGAUUGUUGGUAGACUACUGAGUAAACAACUUAGUUUGCAUCAUUGGAGAGGGAUCCUAGAAAGUGGAAAAUGGACGGAACAAAUGAAUGAAGAUGACAUUAUGCCUGCCUUGAGGAUUAGCUAUGGCCAUCUCCCUUUCCAUCUGCAACAAUGCUUUUCCUGUUCUGCAUUAUUUCCUAAAUAUUUCUGUUUUAGCAGCAGCCAACUCAUCAACUUGUGGGUAGGACUAGAUAUCUUACAACCUGAUUCUCGAAACCAAACAUUUGAAGAUAUAGGUAUGAGGAAUUUAAAUGAUUUGGUCACACAUGGAUUUUUCAGAGAAGAGGUAGCUAAUGGCCGUCCAUGUUAUGUUAUGCAUGACCUGGUACAUGAGUUGGCGUUGAAGGUUGCGUCUCAUGACUGUCUUAUUUUACGCCACUCCAACAUGAGAUAUGUAGACAUUCAGCCAUCCAUCCGUCACUUGUCCAUAAUCAUAGAUGAUGAUGACGAUGAUGAUACAAUGUGUGAUGAUGAUUUUGAGAGCCAACGGACAAAGCUGAUAACAAGUUUGAAGGUUAAACAGUUGCAUACUUUUAUGUUAUUUGGAGAAACGGAUGAAAACUUUGUCAAUGUUUUGGGUGAUUUGUUAAGGAAAGCAAAUGCUCUUCGUGUUCUCCAUUUGGUUACCACGCCGUCUUCUGUGGAGUCCAUGUUACGUAACUUUUCAGCACAUGUCCACCUACGAUACCUAUCUUUAGGGACAAAGGAUAGGGGUCUAUUGCAUAGAUUUCUAUGUCUCGGGACAGAGUAUGAGAGCCAGAUGCAUUUACCCCUUGCCAUUUCUAGAUUUUAUAAUUUAAGGAUUCUGGAUCUAGGAUCAUGGUAUGGUCGUUGUGAUAUGGUAUGGGACAUGAGCAACCUUACAAAAUUGUGCUGCUUUUACACCCAAAAGGAUGAGCUUCAUUCUGCUAUUUGUAAUGUGGGAAAACAUAAACUCUUAGAAGAGUUAAAGGUAUUUCGAGUGAACAAGGAAAGUGAAGGGUUUGAACCAAAGCAACUGGAGCAUUUGACAGAGGUAACUGAGUUGGGAAUCUAUAACCUUGAGAAUGUACACACAAAAGAAGAGGCAGCCGAAGCAAAACUGAUUGAGAAAAACUACUUGGAGAAAUUAACAUUAGAUUGGGAUAGUCAGCGAUCUGAUGCUGAGCCUGAUGUGGAAGCAGUGGUUCUUGAGAGCCUUGAACCACAUACAUAUCUUCGAGAAUUGUGCAUUAGAGGGCAUGGCGGCCCUUCUUGUCCAACAUGGCUAGGUGAUGAGCUUGUUGUUAAAGCUCUUCAAUCUCUUUGCCUCGUUGGAGUUUCUUGGAAAGUUCUUCCUUCUGUAGGGAAGAUGUGGUGUCUUCGUAAACUGGUAUUGAAGCAUAUUGCCACAGUGAAGGAGUUUGUUAUAGAGCAAAGCUUUUGUGGGCUAAUCUGGUUUGAACUUGUUGGCUUGGAAAGUUUUGAAAAAUGGGUACCAGCACAGGAUGCUCAUCAUAUGUUUCCUCUUUUGCAAGUACUGAUUAUCAGAGACUGCCCUAAACUCUUGGAGCUGCCAUUUUCGAACCACAUUGUUUACCCACCUGAACAACGCUGGAACAUAGAUUGGUUUCCCAAACUUCAAGAGCUUGAGAUAGAUAACUGUCCAGAAUUGCUGCCACUGCAUCCUAUCCCUUGGACGGAAACUCUAUAUUCUGUGAGUAUAAGAGGUGUAAUGCUGCUAGAGAAGUUAGUCUACUCAAAUUCAUCCCAUGGAGUAAGACUGGAUAUUGCUGGAAAGGAUGAUCUGCACAGCUUAGAUCAGGUGUUAGCAUUCAAUAACUUGACAGAGCUUGAGGAGCUCUCACUCAUGAAAUGCCCACCUCUAGAGUUGAAGCACCUUGUGAUGCUAAACUCAUUGAAGACAUUACUUGCAGAGAGUUCACAGGCUCUGGUUGAGCCAUUAGGAGGUCAGGAUGACACAGAAUGGCAGCUUCCUAUUGAGCAUAUUGAGGUCCAGGAAUUAUGUGGUAAUAGUGGGAAGGAGUUCACUGAGUUCCUCACCCACCUCCCAGGGCUCUCCAAAUUGGAAAUUGUGGAGUGUGGAAAGAUAACACAUUUGGCUGUGAAGGUGGAUCGGCAACAAGUAACAUUAGCAGCAUCAGAGGUGGAGAAAGAUGACACGCCACCACCACCAGCAGAGCAGGAGAAGGAAGAAGAUGGGGUGCUGCUGUUCCCGGUCCAUCUCUCCAGCACAUUAAGGGAAUUGGUCAUCUCCCACUGCCCAGAGCUGGUCCUUCUUCCUGAUGGAGAAGAAGGGCUCCAAGCCCUGCGAUGCCUACAGAGAUUAAAGUUAAAGGAAACACCCAAGUUCUUAUCUGCCUACUUACCUUCCUGUCGCUUCUUCCCAUCCUCCUUGCAAUUUCUCGAGCUUAAUGGUGUGGAAGGCAUGGAAACAGUGGAGCCCCUCUCAAACCUCAUUUCUCUCACCAUAUUAGAAUUGAGAAAUUGCGGACAUGAUCUAAGAUGCAAGGGCUUGGGGCCUCUCCUUACCAUAGGGAUAGGGGGGCAGCUCAGUGCACUAAUAGUCUAUGGCAGCCCCAGAUUCUUUGCUGGCUGGGAUCCCAAUCCCAGGGAGGUGCUGCAGGGUGAAGGAGAGCAACAGCUGCAGCUAGUAUCCCCCCUAAGAUCAUCUAAACUGCAGAAACUUUGGACAGAUGACGUCGCAGGACUUCUUUCCACGCCCAUCUGCAGUCUCCUAUCUUCCUCCCUCACCCAACUGCAACUUUCUGGGGCCAAAGAGAUGGAGAGCUUCAGCAAUGAGCAAGAGCAUGCCCUUCAUCUCCUCGCCUCCCUCCUGGAACUUGAAUUUUUUGGUUUCGACAAGCUUCAGCGCCUCCCUGCAGGACUGCACAAGCUUACCUACCUCAAGGAAUUACAGGUCGGCAGGUGUCCAUCCGUCCGCUCACUGCCCAAGAAUGGCCUCCCCAAAUCACUGCAAAAAUUACAUGUCUCUGCCUGUGAUAGUGAGGAGCUAAAACAGCAUUGCAGGGAGUUAGUGGGAACCAUCCCAAAAAUUAAACUGUAACUUGGAGACUGACCCACGGAGUGAACUAAGAUACUUUGGUUGCUUAAUAGCUGUGGCCUGUGGCUGUGGUACAAGUUUGGAAAUCGGCAAUGCAGCAGUAGCAGGUCUGAAGGUAUAGCACCUGUUUAUACCGAAACAGUGAAGUGUUAUAGUGGAGGCUUUUGCAUCAGUUGCAUUACAAGGAUCACAACUGCCACCGAUAGCUCGAAAGGUGCUGCUCAAUCUUAUGGAGUAUUGUUAUCUUGGUAAAAAAAAUCGUCCUAUGAGGCACCUUUCAGAACACUGGAACCAACUUCUAUGUGGAUGAACCCUGGCUAAUAUAACGAGGCUGUGAUGACAUUCUGGCCUGCAGCCUUUUUCCCGAGUUUCCAUGUACCUUCAAAUUCAUCGAAAGAUGAUGCAUACACAGAUUGUUAAGAUACUAAGACACGACAUAAUGUCUGUGAAGGACUGUUGUCAUGAUAUAAGGUUUGAUGAUGCUGUUUGUACAGCAGCCGUACGUGGUGGCUGUGAAAUUGUAGAAAUGGCUUUGUUCUUAACAAUGAUCAAUGUAUCAAUGUUAAAGAGGUCUAGGGGCUGAUCUUUACUUCAGUUUGAGACUGAAAGUUACUUCAUUAUACCGUGUGGAGGCAUGAUACUGUAACUUUCUGGGAACCACAUCAAGGUACUUGGGAGGGGUACCUGGCACAUCUACUGGGUGUUUGGAGGAAACCCCUGCAGUUCAUGCCUCCACGCCUGGCUAGAGGCAAACGUAGAUGUGUCAUUUCUGGGAACUGCCAUCGAAGAUGGAUGCUUGUCGAGUUCGGAUUCUGCGGUGGAGCAUGAAGAAGAUUAUGCAGACAAAACAGAUGCAGACAUCCAGCUUCUAGAAGAACUUGGUGCUAUGCUAGCUGGUACCAUGUGAUUUCUCUAUGUAAAAGGAUAACAUAUGCAAGCCCCUUUUUUGUGAAUGAAGCAAACGAUUUUAAAUGGUA